UGUUAUUCGUUCGUCACCCGAAAAUAUUCAUCGAUUGUAAAGUUUUCAUCGACUUUUAUAACGUUUAUCUAUUCAACGAUUACUAUGCCGUUUAUUGGAAAGGUGGUCCUAAUUACUGGCGCAAGUGGUGGGAUCGGUGCAUCUUGUGCAGAAUACUUCGCCAAAAAAGGUGCUCUGCUUGCCCUAGUCGGGCGGAAUGCCGAAAAAUUCGAGAGAGUGGUGGAAAGAAUAAAAGAGAGCGGAGUUGAAUUGGAACCAUUGGUAAUAAUAGCCGAUGUGUCGGUUGAUGCUGAACGAAUUAUAAGCGAAACUAUCGAAAAGUAUGAGCACUUGGAUAUAUUGAUCAACAACGCGGGCUUCUCAUUGGGUGGAACGCUUGAAACAUUGAAAAUGGAUGACUAUGACGCUAUGAUGAAUACCAAUGUUCGUGGUGUAGUUGAAUUGACUCAGUUGGCCAUUCCCUACCUAGCUAAAACUAAGGGCAAUAUUGUUCAAGUUUCAAGCGCGGCUGGCAUUAUACCGGUUCCAAUUUUCUUUGCUUAUGCCAUGUCUAAGGCUGCACUAGACCACUUCACGAAGUGUGCGGCAAUCGAAUUAGCUCCAAAACAAAUUAGAGUUAAUUCGGUCAACCCAGGGUUCAUUGAUACCGACUUUCAUACGAUCGCAACUGGUAUUGAAAGAGACGAUGGCGACUAUAAUGAAAUAGUUGAACAAGCCAAAUCAAAACAUCCACUUCAGCGUAUCGGCAACGCUGAAGAUUGUGUGAACGCCAUCGCGUUCUUGGCCGACGAAGGAGCAAACUUUAUCACCGGAGUUCUUCUGCGUGUGGACGGUGGGCUGUCCACUAAGGGAGCAUUCUAAGGAAAUUGCUUUGAUUUGUCGUAAUUAUAAUGACUAUUGUUGCUGUUGAAAUUAUUACAGACAAAAUGACACUGAAAAGUUGAAUGAAAAUAAAAAUUGA